CACUAUGGCUGCUCUUGUUUGUUUCACACGCUCUCCCCUUUGACCCUUCUCCGCAUCUGCAGCUCGCUCCAACGUGAGAUAGAGAGAUCAUCGUCAUCAAACCCUAUUCCUUCUCCUCCUCCACAUCUCUCUCUCUUUCUCUCUUCUCAUCCUCGCACAAUCCUUUCUCCUCGGUCUCCUACUCGUACUCGAUGUCGUGGCUGAGAUCGGCCGUCAACAAGGCCGUCGAAGUUAGCGGCAACAACAACAUCACGCGCACUGUCAAGAACUAUGCCGAUACCGUCGUACACCAUGCCGGUCAGGCUGUGGCCGGUGGGGCGAAGAUAAUUCAAGAUCGAAUGGGCAUGCGGAACUAUAAAAGUUUCGAGCAAACUAUUAAAAGAUUGGAAGAAGCUGCUGUAUCCUGCAGAGGAAUAGAGAGAGUUCAGCUAUUGCAAAGAUGGUUGUUUGCUUUACGAGAAAUUGAAAGGGUAUAUGGAAGUUCAACCAAUCAAAAAUCUUUUGAGCACCUGCACCCACCCUUAUCCGAUGAAAGCAACUCAUCUUCUGGAAAUGUUUCUUCGAUUCUAUAUUUUGAUUUUGAAGGAGGUGGACCCAUGAACUUUCGGGAUGUAUUUCUGUACAGCCAUGCUCUUGAAGGGAUUACAUUAUCCAUGAUUCUGGAGGCUCCAACUGAUGAUGAAGUUACUCUGCUCUUGGAAAUAUUCAGACACUGUUUGACAGGUGAAAAGGAAGUUCACAAUGCUAUUAUAAGCAGUAUACAGGAUCUUGCAAAAGCAUUUUCAAAUUAUCAGGAGGAAGUAUUGGUGAAACGUGAAGAAUUACUCCAGUUUGCACAAGGUGCAAUUUUAGGACUGAAGUUAAAUGCUGAUAUGACAAGGAUAGAAUAUGAAACCUUAAAUCUUAGCAAAAAGGUUGAUGGAUUGGAAGCAUUGAAGGAGGAUUCCACAGGUGAAGGUCUUGCUAAAACAUCUGAAAAGACCACUGAAAAGACCACUUAUGCUUCUGUGGAGGCUCUGAAAGAAGCACUGACAGAAGUUCGCCUCUGCUCUAGAUUGGAAUCUCUGCUCUUGAAGAAGAAAACCAUAAAAUGUGGCGAGUCACUGGAGAUCCAUUCUCAAAAGGUGGAUAAGUUGAAGGUUCUUGCAGAUUCUCUUGCCAACUCUACUGCUAAGGCACAAAAGCGUAUCCUAGAUCACAGGCACCAAAAAGAAGAGGCCCUUAACUUUCGUGUAAUUAAAGCCAAUGAAGUCAGUGAAGUUGAGAAGGAAUUGCUCUCUGAGAUCGAGGAACUGGAGAAGCAAAGAAACCAGCUGGAGGUUGAACUAAAGAAGGUUAAUACAUCUCUGGCAGCUGUGACUGCAAGGUUUAAGAAAACCAGAGAAGAGAGGGAUCAGUUUGAUGAAGCAAACAACCAGAUUGUCCUUAACCUGAAAGCUAAGGAAGAUGAGCUUGCAAAAUCUGUUGCUUCAUGUAAAGUAGAAGCUGAUAUUGUCCAUGUUUGGAUUAAUUUCUUGGAAGAUACAUGGAAGCUUCAAUCUUCAUACACAGAGCUAAAAGACAAGCAGAUCAGUGAUGAGCUAGAGAAAUGUGGAAAUUGGUUUCUGAAGUUAAUUAAGCAUCAUCUCUCUUCAUGCAAGGAUGAACUGAAACCUUGCAUUCCUCGUAUCAGCGCAUUCGUGGACAACCUGAAGCAAUUGAAUGAGAGGUCAGAAAUGGUGCAGAGUUCAGAUGAUAGGGUAUUUAAAGAGUCAAAUCCCAGGAAACUUCUUGAAGAGGAAUACUUAGCAACUGAAACAAAGAUCGUGACUGCCUUUAGUGUUGUUGAUCACAUGAAGAAGCUCUAUUAUGCUGAAAGUGAAAAUGGUCUCAGGAAAGAUGAUCUGGAAGUUGAUGAACUAUUUGAAUUGAUUGAUAAAAUGCGAGCAGAAUUUGAGUCUAUUGAACGACCAUAUCUAGAGAUUGAAGUUCCUGAUGAAAUGGCGAUGCACUCUGAAGAUAGAUCAGCAGAGAGUCCUUCAGCAGCAGCAGCUGCGGCUGCUAAGAUUGUCAGUUCACCAAAAUAUAAAGCUAUGGGCUCAUCUACACCAUCUCCUAGGACGAAUAUGUCAUCUCCUAGGAUGAAUGAUGAGCCAUUUGAUCCAGAAUCAGAAAUUGCAAAACUGGAAAUGGAAUUUGGACAAGUGAGCAGGGAAUACACGACUGAAGAGAUUGAUGGCUGGGAGUUCGAUGAACUAGAAGAACAGGAAUCAAAACCUCAUAUGCUGGCGUCAAAAUCAAAUAAAUAAAUAAAUGUACACUGCAAUUGGGAGUGAUUGAUGAAGUUUGCAAGUCGUAACAUGAGUUGAUCACAAAGCACCUAAACAGAAUGUAUAUUUAUUUGUUGGUUGUAUAUUCUUUUGUAUAUCCUUCAUACAAAACCUACUUGGAUUACUCGAAUGUCAAACUAUACUUUUUGUGAUUACAACAAGCCACAUACUUGAUUUUAUUUAUCUA